UCAUUUGCCUCGCCCGGUUUCUGCUUCUUUGAUGGUUUAGGGCUACACAGAUCCGAAAGCAGAGCUCUGUUUCCUUUUUCACCUGUCUUUUGACAAGUGCACUUGUAGCUCUCUCACAGGUGAGCUGUGCCGGCGCUGAAUAACGAUUGGGGUCCCUUGACGUGAACUUUUGUUACUCGACCUCCCGAGGUGUAUCGGAAGAUGAGUGUGUCACCCGUACUGGUCCUGGCUUCCUUAGCAGCAGGAGUGCUCUCAACAGUUCCUGCUUAUGCGGAUGGUACUCUGGCAACUGUCACACUGUCAUAUUUGGAAACUGUCACACAGCUAGACAUAACCACUGAUACCACUGUCUCUUUGACAACAGCGGUAGUGCCUGGGACUUCAUUACAAUCAAAUGUAUCCAUUACAGGGAAUGCAAAUACAACCGACUCAUCAGCACAAAAUGCAGCUGAAACUUCUGUCAUGCUGAAGAGUACGACUUCUGUGCCAUCUACUUUGAAUGAUUCAUCUAUAAGUGAACCGACAUCAGCAAAUACAACAAAGAACAACUCGCUGCUGUAUGACACUGCUACUGUAGCAACAACAGCUUUUAAGAGUCAAGAAACAGAGACUGUCUCAAAUAAAACUGGAUAUUAUACUUCCCCAAGUCCAGCCUCGGUAGUGGUGUCUAAUAUUAGUGUUUCUGCAGAUAAUAAUUCAAUUACUGCUUCACCAAAUGUUACAUUUUUAUCAUUGACAACUACAAACUUUUCAAAUGUCACUGCGCUGCCAUCUACACCAAUCAUAAAUGAAACAACCAGCAGUGUUUCUGGUACCACUGCACUGCAGUCUAAUUCUACCGGAAAUGAAACCCAGGGACCGAACAGCACUGUUGUAAACACCAUUAGUACAAUAAUGCCUAAUCUUACUAUGCAGAGUACACUUCCAACUACCUCAAGCAGUGCAACAAAUGCAUCUGUGAUUACAGUUGUGGUGGGUGACAGUACCACAGGAUAUAGUACCACAAAUGGUUCUUUUCAGACUGCCUCUCAUGAUGAAGUGACAUCAUUGCCUCAAAGUACUAUAACUCAGUCUCCUACACAGGUAUUCAUUUCAAUAGUUCCUAAAGAUAAAGGCCUAACACAAUCAGGCUUUAUUUCUGGUUCAACUGAAGAAGUUAAUAUAGGGAAAAAAGUGGGAACCAGUUCAGGAACAACUGCAGUCAUUUCAGUACUUAUCAUUCUUGUUGUCAUUGCACUGAUAGCUUUGUUCUUCAUCUGGAGGAAGAGGAGAUAUUUGUACAGCAGACUGGAUGAUAGUGGUGUAGUGGGAUCUCAAAGCAGUUACAAUAAUCCUGUGUAUACUGACUUCUGAUCAAGCUUCAAAAACAGUUUUGAAGAAAAAAGUCUUUUGUUCACUCUUCACACUUUUUUCUGUGUUAAACUGGAGUUAAAGGUUAAAUUGCAGCUGUCAAAAGAGGACCACAUUUGUUCUAUUAAUAUAUAAUAAUUUUCAACUGUUCUUGUACAUAUUGUUCUGUUACACAGCCACAAAGAUGCUGUCUCCAAACAGAUGAAAAGAAGAAACCUUCCAGGCACAAGGACCUAAAAGGCAAGAAAUUGCAAGUAAUGUUUAUAACAGCAGUUACAAAGAAGAAGAAUUCAUGGAAGAAAACCAAGAAGUACUUAGGUUAAUAUUUCUACAAGAUGGUAACCUAAGGGUUGUGUUCUUUUUUUUUUGAUUCAGGUUUACUCAAAACUACAAAAUGGCUCAAGUACUGUUGAUUUGAAAUAAUGAAAUUUGCUUUACAAAUGAUGUGAAAUAUGCUUAGUAAUAUAUCUCAGUAAAAUGAAAGAGACAGAAGUCGUUUUCUGACACAUGAGUUCUUUCACUAUCUUCAAAAUGUACAAAUACUGAAUUGUUUGUAGAGAGGUCAGUUAGCAGAAGACCUCGUUGCCUGCUUCAUGUUUAAUAAAUUGUUACCAGUUGCUGGUCCGCAUAGAAAAUUUCUGCAUGUCAGAGGAAUUUGCACGUGAGUUUUUGUUACAUGUUUUCUUUCUUGAUCAUUUGUGCUUAUCAUUUGACCAAAAGAUGUAGGUCACAGAGUAUGAAGACCUUCUAGAUUGUUUCUGGAAGCGGUACUUUUUGUUUAUUGCAGAGGCAUCUACCUUAGCAUCCCUGUCAGUGCAGUCCCAUGAUCCAUUUGCAGCUGCUUGCUUUCUUUUGCCUUAUGUAAAAUUAUGCUGUCAUGCAAAAACACAUAUGCUUAACACAGGAGAACAUUUUGUAAACAGCAUGAUUUAAUUAACAGAACCUAAACAAAUAUGUCAUUUAACUUAUCUAUACUACACCUAGUUGUUCAACCAAGAAAAA